AAUCCGUGGAAAGUGUGAGAGUAUAUGGCACAAGUGCGCAGCGUUUUGCAUCAGCAAGCGAUGUCGUAUGAUGUCAUCCUCUUGGCUUGUGAACUACAUCGCCGGAAGCAUAUUAUCGCCUGCACCGGAAACGAAUAGCUGAACAUUUCGGUGAAAGAAAUUAACAAAAUUUGAUUCUGCAAGCAAUCGUCGAUAUCAAACACCUCUUGUAAGUUAUCAACUUGGUUUCAGCAUAUCGUUUGGAUUCCGAAAGCAAGCCUAUACUAGGAGAAAGUAAAUAGGUAGCAGAGAAAUGGAGGAGGAAGCAAACAGAAAGAAAAGAGAGGUAGAAAGCAGUGUAAUGGACAAAACUGGAGAAGUAAUUUCAGCAAUAAAGACAGCUAAACAUGUAGACCAAGUCAUAUGCGCUCUUCACUCCCUCGCUAUCCUUCUCUUCCCUAUAGAUUCCUCUCUAAUUUCAGGUAGUCUUGACAAGCCUUACAGAGACCAAGUACUUAGUGCUAAAAUUCCUUGUGCAGAGCAUAGAGGGGAAUGGUGGCAUGUAUUCUAUCGAGGAGCUGCAUUUUCAACAUUAGCUAGGGUUUUGUUACUUGAUGUUGCUUCUAAUUGGUUGGCUUGUUUCCCUCUUUCGGCGAGGAAAUAUUUGUAUGAUACUUUCUUUGUAAGUGGACUUUCUACGGAGGUCGUUCAGAUUUUAGUUCCUUGCUUACAGCUAAAUGGAAUCGAUAGUUUUGAUGCUAAUGCUGUCCAAUCAAAUUCUGAAAGGUUACUUCUUCUCUACGUACUCGAAAAUGAUGGAUUAGUGAGAAUUUCCAGAGAAUUUGGCAGCAUGCACCAAUCUGUUGAUUCUACAAACACACAACUUCUGCCAGUUGUAUCUAGGAUGGCACAGAUUGUUGCAUCUAUUCCUGACAAAGCACGACCAAGAGCCCCAGCUUCACUGUCAUCACAUUUAUUCUUCAAGCAAAUUAGCAUUCAAAUUCUGCGUGAAGUACAAGAGAGAGUUACAAAUCUACUAGAUAAAGAUUCUACCAGUGCAUGUUAUUUGGAUGGUGUAAUGCUAUUUGCUGGGGAAACAUUUUCUCGUAUAUGUCGACGUGGUUCUUCAGAUGUGCUGUUAGGUGAGGUACUUCCUCAGGUAAUUAAAUAUGUUCGAUGGUUUCUAUCGUCAAGUACUGAUCCAGCAAAAGAAGAAGUGUUUGAGGCAAACCCCGAAUCACAGUUUUGGUUAAGGAUGAUGGAAGCAAUUAAAGAUUUGUAUGCUGUAGAAAGAAUGUCUGAACAACUUUUUCACCAGCUGGCGAUUGAAAAUGUAACUGAUAUUGAAGCUUAUUGGACUAUUUGGUUACUGUUUAAUCGGAUUCUUAAAAAUCAGCCAUCAGUCAGGUCUAUGUUUGUUGAAAAAUUUCUACUUUGGAAAGUAUUCCCUAUUUGUUGCCUAAGAUGGAUAAUUCAAUUUGCGGUUCUUGAAUGUCCACCUGUUGCUAAUUCACUCACUAAAGGUUGUGAAGCACGUGUUCUCUUAGACACGGUGCAGCGUCUGCUUGCAGUAUGGUCUAAAAGGGAGUUUUUGCAAUCAGCUCCAAUAGAGCAGCAAGCUUAUAUAACUGCUGCUGUAGGUCUUUGCAUGGAGCAGAUGUCUAAAGAGGAACUUGAUAAUUCUAAAGAUGCGAUGCACUCAAUUCUUCAAGGAGUUAGCUGUAGGCUAGAAAGCCCUACUCAUUUAGUUCGGAAAAUGGCUAGUAAUGUUGCGUUAGUCUUCUCCAAGGUGAUUGAUCCAAAAAACCCCCUAUACCUUGAUGAUAGUUGCACCGAGGAGAAUAUUGACUGGGAGUUUGGAUUGACUAAAGCUGAGAAGAGAACUCUGCCUACCUUAAAGGAAAAUGAGAAAGCAAAACCACCGACCAUUCCAGAGCCAGAAGAGGACUUGAACUAUUCAAGAUCUAAUGUAACAAGCAGGAAUACUAAGGGUGACAAAAAGAAAUUAUCUCUAGUUAAAUUGGUCGAUCCUGAUGAGAUUAUUGAUCCAGCUAUGCUAAAUUAUGGAUCGGCCUCCGAUAAAGAUGAGGAUGAUGAUGCAAGCGAGAAUUCCGAUUCAUCCAGUGAGUCAUCUUUACAGCCAUAUGACAUAACAGAUGAUGACAGAGAUCUACAAAAACGAUUUACACAGUUGGUUGAUGUGGUUGGAGCCCUACGGAAAUCUGAUGAUGCUGAUGGGGCAGAGAGGGCGCUUGAUGUUGCUGAAAAGCUUGUACGAGCAGCACCUGAUGAACUUGCACACAUAGCAGGUGAUCUUGCUAGAGCCCUUGUCCAAGUUCGUUGCUCUGAUUUGGCUGUAGAAGGUGAGGAAGAUUCAGCUGAAGAAAAGAGGCAAAGAGCAUUAAUUUCCUUGCUUGUCACAUGUCCUCUCCCAUCUCUUGAUACUCUAAACAAGCUGUUAUAUUCUGCAAAUGUAGACAUCAGCCAACGUAUAAUGAUUCUUGACAUAAUGACUGAAGCUGCUCAGGAACUUGCUGAUGCUAAGACUAUCAAACCUAAACAUCAAUCCAGGGUCCUCAUAUCAACUGUAACAGAAAAUCAACCCUGGUUCUUGCCUAGUAGCUCAGGACCUCCAGGAGCUGGUUGCUGGAAAGAGGUAUCAGAAACAGGAACCCUAUUAAACUAUUCCAAUCGUUAUGAGAGGGAACUUCCACUUAAACCUGAUCAGAUCAUAAGAGGGAAGACUCGCCGUUGGGGCCUUAGAUCACCAAAUACACAGGAAAGCCAGUUGGAAUGGACUCAUAACAAGUUUCCUGUUUAUGCAGCAUCAUUUAUGCUUCCUGUUAUGCAGGAUUUUGAUAAGAAAAGGCAUGGUGUUGAUUUGCUUGGUAGAGAUUUUAUUGUUCUGGGGAAACUCAUAUAUAUGCUUGGUGUGUGUAUGAGAUGCGUUUCCUUGCAUCCAGAAGCGACUGCUUUGGCUCCCCCCCUUCUAGAUAUGUUAAGAUCCAAGGAGAUUUGCCAACAUAAGGAAGCAUAUGUCAGAAGGGCUGUUCUUUUUGCCGCUUCAUGCGUAUUGGUGUCACUUCAUCCAUCCUAUGUUGCAUCAGCAGUAACAGAAGGAAACAGUGAAGUUUCUAAAGGGCUUGAAUGGAUCCGUACAUGGGCCCUCGACAUAGUUGAGUCUGAUGUAGACAAGGAGUGCUAUAUGAUGGCUAUGCGGUGUCUCCAACUUCAUGCUGAGAUGGCGCUCCAAGCUUCCAGAGCACUAGAGGCAGCAGAAAGUACAUUAAAGGCAAAGAAAGUCGGUUUCCCUUCCAGUUUGUCAAGGGGGACGAUCAGAAUCCCCUACUCAAAUGUGGAAUACUAAUAAUUGAAUUUUGCUCCGUAGAUAUGUACAGUUCCUAAGACUAUAACUAGCAACCAUUUUGCAACGAAGUAGAGUGACAAAGCAGGCUAAUUUUAAAUGCGUACUUGUUUAUGUUUUUGACAACGGUUAAAAUUCACUUUAUCAUGACUUCCAAUGUCACGGAUGCUGCGUAUAUCCACGUUUACAAGAA